AUGUUUCCAACUGUCGCACUAUUCCCUCCGGUUCAGCCGCACCAUCACCUUAACCACUAUCCCGCCCAUGAUGCUCUUCACCAGCCCCCGUACGACCUGAAUGACCCGACCUUCCCCGCUCGUAAUGACCCCACUAAACCCUCCUUCAACUCCAUAUCCCGAUCGCGUCUUCAAUUACCACACCCUGUACAACGCAUCGACUCUCGCGAUUCAGCAUCUAGUUCCAACAGCUCGGCUAGGGAACAUGCCCUGCGAAGGAAGACGCCAAACGGAACCUUAGCGGCCGGUUACGAUGGCACACCUGGUGAAUCUACCAUUCAACCCGCUACAAAACACAUCCUAGUCUCGCCCAUGGACUCGAACCAGUUCCUCUCGCAGCAAGGUUUUCAGACGGAUAUCUGGCAACAAGCCACCCUCGACCCAUCGACCUCGAAACACAUGAACUUUCCUCCCAUCUUCAAGAACGAGGCAGGCAACCCGAUCGCAGCGGGGGAGGUCGUGCAGGAUGUGAACGGGACCAGCUGGGUGCGCCCUGUAAAUUACCCGCCAGGAAUCGACUCGGUCCUCAAUCAGAACCUGCCAUUGCAAGCUCCCCAGCGAAUUCUUUUUCAUAAUGGUUCCUAUAUUCCGACGGUUCUUCCAGCAAGCCUUCAACAAUGCAUGGGACCAACGGCAUCCGCUGGCACUGGCCCCUUUGGCCCAUAUUGGCCCGACGGUGCAUAUAUUCCCUACCGACCCGUGGCCUUUCGUGAGCCUCGCUUCGAAUCCCCAAGCCCAAACCCGAACGGGCAGUUCUAUGAUCUCAAUCAACCGGCUUUCAAUCAGCAGCCCCAAAUACCUAUUGGAAAUCAAAUAGAGACGGGCCUAGCAUGGGGCCAACCACAGCAUGGAAUUCCCAGUCAGGAAUCUAUGAUGAAGACUCACUUCCCUCCGCGUCACUCAGAACAGCUACCUUACCACGCCCGAGCGAGUCGACCAUUAUCAUCCUACUCGUCGAAUGCUCUCCAUAAUGAACCCAUGACAUGGAACAACAACCGACCCGCUGUACCAAGUUUUCAGGCUCCUGGACCAGCUGUGCCGGUGAAUGUAGAAUUCAAGGAGAAGAUCUUGUCUUGGGCCCAUGGUGUUUACGUCGAUCUUCUUGCAACGAUUCAUCAAGCUCGUCGGAAUAGCCUAUCGAACAGCGGGACAGACGGCCAAAACUCACGAUUCAUGAAACCCAGCAUCUACCCCAAGCCGCCUCGACAACCGGGGCUUGAUUUUUCACAGAACCCUCCUCCCUCUUCCAUCUCCCGCCAUAACAGUUACCCAUCCAGCCAGUAUGAUUUACAACGACAGAAACUCGGUCUCUUGUCAGCGAGAAUGACCGAUUCCCAUUCAAAUAAUUUACAGAGUCAGGUCCAUAAUCGACGGCCGUCAUUAAAUCAGUUUCCUCAGCAGCACCGAUCGUCAGAAUCACGGAUCCGGGAUGCUGCACGACUUGCUGCAGCACCUCAUCGUCCUGCUUCUCUUCUCAAUGAAGGGUCCCCGGUUGCGAACGGUAUAUCUGCUUUGGAAAUGCUAUCUUACUUGUGCCAUGAAAGCCAUUGGGAGUGGAUUGAUGGCAUGCUACUUGGAGGAUGCCUUGCUUAUGGACUUGGCGAUUACCAUAAAGCUUUGCGUUGGUAUUCUAGAAUUAUUGCCCGUGAUUCGACUCAUGUCGAGGCAAUAUCUAACUUGGCGGCAACUCUAUUGGCGCUUGAUCGACGUGAGGAAGCUCAGCAGAAUUGGCUGCGGGCUGUCAAACUACGUCCAAGCUUUUUUGAAGCCGUUGAACAUUUGAUAGGUCUUUUGUGUAGCAGCCAUCGAGGCAAAGAAGCGGUUCAGCUUAUUGAAUUUGUUCAAACCUCGUUGCGUCAUCCGAAAGAUGGUGACUGUUUCAAAACAGAUGAGCAUGCCAGUGAAUCGGAGAGUGAUGGAGAGAGCAAUGUCUCUGACGUGUGCAUGUACGACAAGGCAUCCUUUGAUUAUGAAGAUGACGUGGGACGUGUGCAGAACCUAAACUUGGGCUCUCCAGACGCCGCCACGCCUCUUGGCUUCGCGACUAGUGGAUAUGCUAUCCCCGGUUCAGAUAACGGGCGGAUGCUAGCGUUGAUCCAUGCCAAGGGCAAUAUGCUCUAUGCACUUGGCGAUAACGCUGGUGCUGCUGCCGCCUUUGAGGAUGCAGUCUUGAUCGCCGCUGGGAGGAGGCGGCAUGGUAUUCAAAGCCUGAUCAAGCAGAUAUUUUCUGCCUUCUCCCAGGGGUCGUCAGGCUCUGGAUACCAGCCCGAUGAGGGGAAUGAGAGUGUUCUGUUAUAUCCCGACAGAGCACUGCAGACCUCGAAGCUGGUAUUCAAGGCGGCUAAUGGCACCCCGCCCGGCCUCAAGUAUGUCUCCGAAGGCAUUUCGCGAAAUGCAGCUAUCUCAACCACGAGUAAUUCUUUGCUCUCUUUGGCAAAGAUUUACCAGGAUGGUAUGGCGACUGUGUCAUCUGGGGCACCGCGAUCCACUCCUGGCGUACGGGAUAUUUUGGCUCUUUACUACCUAUCACUCUCAUUGCAGCCGAGUCCGUCUACCGCAAAUAAUGUUGGUAUUCUGCUUGCUGGUAUUCAGAACAAUCCUCCGGCUCGAGGACUUGUGCGUCCCAAUGGUGAGAGCCAGCACCCGGAGAUCCCUGGUGUUAUCCCUGGUAGUGGCAUCUCCUUGGCUCUGGCUUAUUACAAUUAUGGAUUGCAUCUUGAUUCCCGUCAUGCGCAUCUGUAUACUAAUCUUGGUAGCCUUCUCAAGGAUAUUGGUCAAUUGCAGGCUGCUAUCAAGAUGUAUGAGCAAGCUGUCCAAUGCGACGGCAAUUUCGAUAUUGCCUUGGCCAACCUGGCGAAUGCCGUCAAGGAUGCUGGCCGAGUCAAUGAUGCAAUCACCUACUACAAACGCGCUGUCAAGGUAAAUCCAGAGUUUGCUGAGGCCGUUUGUGGUUUGGCGAAUGCUCUAAACUCGGUCUGCAACUGGGUUGGCCGAGGUGGUAUUGUGAAUGGCCGCGGGUUCCAUGAUCGAUGGCAUGUGGACGAGAAAGGUAUGCUUCGCGAUGCCCAGAGUAAUGACACUGGUGCUGGGUGGAUUAAGCGGGUUGUGGAUAUCGUUGAUCGGCAGCUUCGUGAGGGUGAAUACUGGGGUCGGGGCUUAUUGACGCAAGGCACAGCCGAGCAACUUAUUAUUCAGUUGGCGACAGCGCUGGAUUCGAAUUUGCUUUCGACCAAUCGGAGAACCUCCCUUACCAAGAUUCUUCAGUCAUGGGCUGGACAGAAAUGGGAAGGCUCUCGUAUUGUUCGACUUGUUGAAAGGGCCAUCCGGGCAAUCACAUGGCAAUGGUAUCAGGAUCGUUAUGUCCGUAGUCAAGAUUACCCUGUCACUAAGUAUCGUCGGCCUCAACUUCCAGCUGCUCUAAGCGCACCAAAUGCUCCAACCGUUCUGCCCUUUCAUACUUUCACUUGCCCUCUGUCCGCGAAGCAGAUCCGCCAGAUCUCGCAGCGCAAUGGUCUUCGAAUCUCAACUUCGACGCUUCGACUGCCUUGGCUUCCUGCCACAGUUUACCGACCUCCAGCACCGCCAAAUCCAGCUCUACGCGUUGGCUACGUGUCAUCGGACUUUAACAAUCACCCUCUAGCCCAUCUCAUGCAGUCAGUGUUUGGGUUGCACAACCCGAACAAGGUGACAGCUUACUGUUAUGCCACUACCGCGAGCGACAAAUCCGUCCACCGCCAACAGAUCGAGCUAGAAGCGCCUGUUUUCCAUGACGCGAGUGGAUGGUCUGUUGAUCGCCUGGUCCAGCAGAUUGUCGAUGAUGGCAUUCACAUUCUUAUUAACUUGAACGGCUAUACUCGAGGUGCUCGCAACGAAGUCUUUGCUGCUCGCCCUGCGCCCAUCCACAUGUCUUUCAUGGGCUUUGCCGGAACUCUUGGUGCAGAGUGGUGUGACUAUAUCCUUGCUGAUCAGAUCUCGAUUCCCCCAGAGACUUUGAGUCCGGCUCGUCGCACUACACGCAUUGAGGAUCGUAUUCUUGAAGAGGACAAUGGCGAAGAUCUGGAAAACUGGGUUUAUGGGGAGAAAAUUGUCUUUACUCGUGACACAUUCUUCUGCUGCGAUCAUCGACAGAGUGCUCCCGAUGCUGGGGAGAGACAGCUCUCUUGGGAUGAGGAACAAGCGCGACGCUGGAGGAUGCGCAAAGAAUUGUUUCCUAAGCUUAAAGAUGAUACUAUCAUUCUUGGGAACUUCAAUCAGCUGUACAAGAUUGAACCAACCACAUUCCGAACCUGGUUGCGUAUUUUAGCAUGUAUUCCCAAUGCAGUUCUCUGGCUGCUUCGUUUCCCCGAAACCGGCGAACAAAAUCUACGAGACAUCGCCAAAGCAUGGGCUGGCGAAAAGACAGCGGCACGAAUUAUUUUCACCGACGUGGCACCGAAGAACACACACAUUGCACGAGCGAAAGUUCUGGACCUGUUCCUCGAUACCCCCGAGUGUAAUGCACAUACCACGGCCACAGAUGUUCUAUGGAGCGGUACUCCGUUGCUCACCUUGCCACGCUACAAGUAUAAGAUGUGCUCGCGAAUGGCGAGUAGUAUCCUCUCGAGCGCACUUCCAAAUAACGAAGCGGGCCAACGUGCUCGGGAGGAAUUGAUCGCCUCCUCGGAUGAGGAUUACGAGACCAAGGCCAUUCGGCUCUGCAUGGAUCUACAGUAUGUACCUGGUGGUGGAGGACGAGCCACGGGACGACUGGCGGAUAUGCGACAGAUGCUGUUUUUGCAGCGAUACACGAAUAAGCUCUUUGACACGGCGCGCUGGGUGCGUGACCUUGAAGACGCCUACGAAGCUGUGUGGGCGCAAUGGGUGAAUGGCGAAGAAGGCGAUAUCUGGUUAUGA